AUACUCCUCAAAGGACCUGCAUGGUGCAGAGUUUAUAGACUCUUAUGUUUUCAAUAAGGCUGAAUAUGUCAGAUUCAACAGCACUGUGGGGAAGUAUGUUGGAUACACUGAGCAUGGUGUGUACAAUGCAAAAACAUGGAACAAAGGUUCUGAGCUGGUUCGAGAGCUAGGGGAGCUGGAGCGUUUCUGUAAGCAUAACGCUGAUAUCCACUACAGCGCCAUACUGGAUAAGACAGUUGAGCCCCAUGUCAGACUGAGCUCAGUGACUCCCUCUAGUGGCAGACACCCUGCCAUGCUGAUGUGCAGCGCCUAUGACUUCUACCCCAAACCAAUCAGAGUGACCUGGCUGAGGGACGGACAUGAGGUGAAGUCUGAUGUGACCUCCACUGAGGAGCUGGCUAACGGGGACUGGUACUACCAGAUCCACUCCCACCUGGAGUACACACCCAAGUCUGGAGAGAAGAUCUCCUGUAUGGUGGAGCACAUCAGCCUCACUGAGCCCAUGAUGUAUCACUGGGACCCGUCCCUGCCUGAGGCUGAGAGGAAUAAGAUCGCGAUCGGGGCGUCUGGUCUGGUGCUGGGAGCCGUCUUAGCAUUAGCAGGACUGAUCUACUACAAGAAGAAGUCUUCUGGGGUGCUCUAGUAGCAAUAAGGUUUGAAGGCACAUUGCUGUAUCUGCUGCAGAAAUGGAUCCUAAUGAGAUGUUCUUGUUAUGAAUCAGUGUUCCUGAAAGGACAUUACUGCUGGAGUGUUUAACUGAACAUGAAUCUAUACUUUCCUAAUGAAGCAUAUUGUUGGUAACAUAUUAUCCUUACACCUUUCAUUAUUAAUCAAUUAACAACUUUAGGCUUGAUAGUAAUAAGACAGUUAGUACUGAGAAUCAGUUGUUUAUUAACCUAUUAGAUGUGGUAGAGCUGCUUUAACUGACCUGCUAUAACACAUGUUAUUAUGAGUGGGCAGCUUAUACACCAGUCCACUGUACUGGGGGUUCUUUACCCAGCUGUAAUGUUAUGUCUUUUUCACUAACAAAUAACACACUUGUUCUCAAAGGAAUAUGUUCAGUAAAUGGUUAAAAUAUUAUGUGUGGUAACACUGACGUUUUAAGAGAUGCUGGUUAAUGAGAAUAGAAAAUAAGUUCAGUCUGUUUUAAUUUCUUCAUGUUUUAGACUUUAAAUGUCCCCCUGUACUGACAUCACACCCCUGUACUGACAUCACACCCCUGUACUGACAUCACUCC